AUGGCGGAGGCACGUUUCGCGGUACAGCCCACUGUUGUCUUGCAGCAUGUCGGUUUUGAAGUGGAUACCAGCAGGAAGCAAACACAGCUUUAUGUGAGUAAAAGCGGAAUCGUUCUCUAUAUUCCACAUCCUUACUUUAUAUUUAAGAAUAUGCGUCGUUCCUUUUGGCACGGUGUGGACAAGGUGCAGUUCGCGUUGUACCCAAUCCCACUUUCCGUUGUGACAUCCCUCGCCCUUGGGGUAUUUGUGUGGGUCCUCAAAUCGAAACCUGAUGCGUGGAUACGUACAAAUACCAUUUCAGAUGUUCUAUGGCGUCUUGACGAGAAAAACCCUAUAUCAAAGCGCAUCCCCAUGCAGUACCGCAUGCCAGUACUUUGUGCAAAUUUAGUCAUAGGUUGUGUGUCAGCCUUCACGGCAGUGCAACGUUUUCUCCUUCGUCAGGUACUCAAAUAUAACGGCUAUAUAUAUGAGGGAAGCAGAAACCAUAGCCGCAAAACACGUAUAUGGUCAUUCAUUCUUAAAACGUUCUUUUUCCACCCCCUUAAUAAGACUGAGGCAUAUGAAAGUUGCCUACCGGCACAACCAUUGCCAGAUUUGGAGUCUACUGUAAAGCGCUUUAUGAUCUCAGUGGAACCACUCUAUGAGGGCAAACCGGAUGAAUGGAAUCGCCUAGUUAAACUCUCCGAGAAGUUUUUGAAAGAUGAAGGUCCAAGGUUUCAGCGUAUGCUGAAGGUAAAAUACAUGUUUGCAGAAAAUUAUAUGUCUGACUGGUGGUUAAAAUAUGUGUAUCUUGCCCAGCGUGAAAGUCUCUGCAUUAACUCCAACUGGUUUGGAAUUCCGUUUGCCAAAUACACACCUACUCAUCUACAGGCCUCCCGUGCGGCAUCAUUAAUAUAUAACCUCAUCAAGAUAAAAAAAAGUCUUGAUAGAUCUACAUUUCCACCGCUAUUUGGUGGACUUGUUCCUUUAGACAUGUCUCAAUAUCGUUACGUCUUCAAUACUACCCGCCUUCCUGGACGAGAGAUGGACGUCUUGACACAGUACGAAGGAAUUAAGCAUAUUGUUGUGAUUUACAAGGGUCGUUUCUACCAGCUAGAGGUGCUACACCCACGUACAAAUCACCAGCUUUCUCCGUACCAACUGGAGAUGGCACUGGAAACCAUUCUAAACUCUGACGAAGAGACAGACCCUGUGGAAGCACUUAUUCCUGCAUUUACCACCGCCCCACGCACGGAAUGGGCGGAUAUUCGUGACAAGCACUUUGUCAACAAUGCAUAUAAUGUAAAGCCUCUACGUGUAAUAGAGGAAUCUAUUUUUGUACUUUCCCUUGAUGAUGUGACACCAAAUUCUAUUGAUGAAAGGAGCUUGUUGUUGUUAUGUGGUAAUGGCCAUAACCGCUGGAGUGACAAAAGUUUCAACCUUGUUGUUACCCCAGAUGGUUACUCUGGUGUACAUGUGGAACACUCAUGGGGUGAUGCUCUCACUCUCGCCCAUGUGUUGGAGUACUGUUAUUUAACAGAUGAAACCGGUGAAUUAUUCGAAAAAGAUGGCCAUGUAAAGAAACUGGACGAAGACGAACGAGCACUGAAGCAAGGCAAAUUUGAAGUCUUCGCUCCCAGCCGCAUUCGCUUUACACUUGACAGGGAAUUGAAGGUUAGUGUAAAUGCUGUACAUGAACGGUACUCAAAGGAGGUGAGGGAUCUCGAUCUUUAUGUUUGCCGUUUUGACGAAUACGGUAAAAACUUCCCCAAGAAGUUUGGCUGCAGCCCCGAUGCAUGGGUGCAGAUGGCAAUGCAGUUGGCAUAUUUCCGCGAUCAGGGACACUUUGAUCAGACGUACGAAGCGGCCUCACUGCGUAUGUAUCGUAAAGGGCGCACAGAAACCAUACGUACUGUCAGUAAAGAUUCAUGUGCCUUUGUGCGGGGGAUGGAGAAUCCAUCUCUGAGUAAGGUGGAAAAAGCGAAGUUGCUGCGAAAAGCAUGCGAGAAACAUCAACUUUACUCGCGCGACGCUGUGGCUGGCCACGGCGUGGACCGUCACCUCUUUGCUCUUGCCUGCGUCAGCGCCGGCACUGGACACGCGUCAGAGUUUCUUCAGUUGGCACUUCGGCCCAAGUGGAAGCUCAGUACGUCGCAGGUGCUCACACGACAGCUGCCGCCUGAGUACCACACAAACAAUAACACCUCACUUUUUGAGACACCCAAUGGUGGAUUCGGCCCUGUGGCAGACGACGGUUACGGUGUUUGCUACUGUAUAUAUGGCGAGAAUUUGCUCUACUUCACUAUAACGUCGAAGCAUAGCUGUCCGAAAACAUCAUCCAAAGGGUUUGCAGACCAACUUGUUACUGCCCUGCAGGAGAUGGCUGCACUUGGGGGUUAA